AUGUCCUCCACUCUGACCGCUCUCUCCCUCUUCUUCUUCUUCUCCGCGUCCUUCUUCAUCUCCCCCUGCAAUGGAGUCUCUCAGCAGGCGAUCUCCACCGUCUGCUCGCAAACCCAGAGCGACGAGCUCUGCGCGUCCCUCCUGAACGGCGACCCCCGGACCGCCUCGGCCGACCUCCCUCUCUUCUCGCUCGUCUCCAUCGAGCUCGCCCGGAAGCAAGCCGAGCGGAACCUCGAGACCUUUGCCCGCUUCCGCGACAACACGACCGGCGACUCCCAGGCCCAGAAGGGGUACGCGAACUGCACGUCGCUGUACGGGAAGGUGGAGGCCGACCUGAGGCGGGCGCACGAGCUGUCGGAGGCGAAGCAGUACGAGGAGGUGAUCAAGGCCGGCCCCGGGUCCUCGCCGGCCUACGACUGCUUCAACGGGGUGAACUUCACGCUGGCCCUCGGCGAGAUCACGAGGGACAUGCUCAUCGCGCUGGAGACGUUCGCGAGCGUCGCCUCGUACGUCGCUCAGCAGAUCCGAUCGCGUCCGGCUUAG